CUAUGGAAACAGAAGGCGCGAUGGAUAACCAAGUAUCAUCUCCUCGUCAAAGUAAUAAUACUGAAGUUACAAGUGAAGCACAACAUGUGGAAGAAAUAAUUAAUCAAGAGGAGAAAAAUACAAUGGAUAUAAACAAACCAAGUGAGGUUGAGGUUCAACCUGUACAAGAUGAAGCACAACUGACUAUUAACGAAGAAGAUGAACUUAAUAAAGAUCAAACAACUUUAGUUCCAAAUGAAGAUGAAGCAUUCACACUUGGUCCACUUGAUGUCUCAGGUGUUCGUGACCCCCGUGUUCCACGCAAACGAAAACUUGUUGUUGACCACUUGAUGGAGCUAGAUGGACAGACAAUGAGGGAACAGCUGAAAGAUUUUAAUGACAUCGUAACAACUUUAGAUAUGGCACCACCAACUAAAAGGUUGAUGCAAUGGAAAGAGAUGGGAGGUGUGGAUAAAUUGUUUUCCAUAUCAUGCAAGACAAGUGCAGAUAUAAUAAACAAACAAGUUUUUUCUGGUAAUCUUCAUCAUAAUAUCCCGGGAGAGCUUGUUAAUAUCACGUAUUCACAACUUCAUGAACAGUUUGGUGAUGUUUCAAAUGCCAUGGAUGAUACAACAUUUGAACAACGUCGAGAUGAGUAUGAAGUUAACGCUCCAGAUGUUCUUGAUGGUCUUGAUCAAUCCAACAGUGUCCUCAUGCAAAGAAAAGAUCCUUCAAUGAAUCAACAGAACACAACGACGGAUUACAAUUCUGAAGAUGAUUACGAACCAUACAGUGUAAGACCACACAGCGUUGCUUCAGUUGGUGUCGUAAGUCCCCACCCAUUCUUACAUGGCAUAGAACAAACAGAGCCAAUUACAAAACAAGACACAAGUAUAUCAUUACAAGAUACACUCAUUCCCAACCUGGAAGAUUCGAAUUUACAAAAUCCACCACUCACUGAUACAGGGAUUGGUGAUUUGCUUUUACCUGCAAGUCCAGCAGGUGAAGAUGAAUCGUUUGCUGAUGAUGUCGAUGAUUUAAGAUGGAAUAAACGAACUCAAAAUUUACUUCAUUCGUUACAGCAAUCAUUUAAACACGAACAAGAAGUUACUUUCUUUCGAGUCACAGAGGGUUCUAUGAGAAAACAAUCAGUAUCAAAGUUUUACUCCCUUCUUGUGCUUGCUAAACAAGAAGCUACUCUAUUGGUGCAGAAACAAACUUUUGGCGAGAUUUAUAUUCAGAAGGGAUUAAAGUUUGAUUCCAUCCUUAUGUGAUUAUUGCUACAUUUUCUCUUGAUAUAAGAUUGUAAGUGCUGCUCCGAGAGAGGUGUGGUCAAAUACUGAUUUCAAUGUAAAUAGUAUACCAAUGUUUUAUCAGCUGGGCGUUAAACUUAACAAAAGGCACGAGUUUUUAAAUGAAAUUUAUUGGUUGUUCUAUCAAAGUUUUUAGUGAGAGAAACCCGCUAUGUUUUUAAAACAGCUGCUUUGUACACUCUUUCAGCGGUCACAGGUGCACUGUAGCCAACAACUGCCAAUUUAAUGUAAAUAAGUACAAUGAAAAUGUUAUUACAACACAUGCGUGUUCUUAUGUUUAUUAGAAGGAAGUGUUUAUUACAAAUAUGCU